GUCUCAGCUCCGCGGCGGCAGCAUCCUUCGCGCUCCAGGGGGCGCCAGCGGAGCGCUCCGUGGAGGUUGCUGAGUUCCUCGACUUCCUGAACGGAGGCGCUGGCUCGACCAAACAGUGGGACGUAGCCCUUAGCCGGGGCGUACGGUCUGGCGACUGGUCCGAGGGCUUCCAG